UAAUAUUGUAGACUACCCCAAAAAAAGUCUUGGGAGGCGAGAUGAUUUAAUGUAAAGAACUGUUCGUUAAUGGUAUAAUAUUAUUUAAAUAAGCGAUAAUUGUUUUUUAACUAAGUCAGCCGGCAAUAUUUAGGCAUAAAGUUAUGUUUUAAUUUAUUAUUACCAUUUGACAUUUUAUAUAACUGAUAGUAUAAGUUUCAAAGUGGUUCUCACUUCUCACUAGACCAGGUUGGAGUUAUGUUGGAUCCAAAAUGCAAAUGAGAUAAAACGCCUAAAAGCCCACAUAGUGCAACAAAUGUAUAACUCUAAUGCACUACAUGAUCAACAAUGAAACAUUCUAUUCUAUGCUGAUUGUCAACAAGUGCAAUUAAUUCAAAGCCAAGUUUUAUUAUUGUAUAAGUAACGAAAAGAAAGAUAAAUGUUGCAGAGUACUAUACAGAUUAUGUUGAUCAGGACACUACGCAAGAGCUUGAGCGAAGAUGGACCGAUGAGACAAUUGCUGUUCGUAGGGUCACGUAAGAUACGGUAUUUUGCACCGUGAUACUUCUUAACCUUAGGGUUUGAUGUUGAAUGAACCACCUAAAUUUCAUCACAUUUGUCUCAUAAAUGACAUGAUAAAUGUAUGAAUUUGGGUACUAAUGAAGUUAGAUAAGCGUAUACUCGUCCAGCUGCAUUCAAAGCUUUCAUAGCAUCAUGGAGAAUAUUGCUACUCCCAAAAGAGUAUUGUCUCUUUCUUGGGGAAGAAUAAUUAUAGGACAACCUGCUAGACCUAUCCAAAAUCAUUACUACGUUUUUGUGUGUGAGUGAUUAUACAUCGUUCUUUUUGUCAGUCCCCCGUCGCAUCGUUAUGUUAUUGAUCCUAUUUCUGUUCAGGGCUCAGUUGGUCGUUGCUAUCUUGAUUUGUGUACGUUAUUAACAUUGAGGUAGAACGAUGCAUUUUAAUUUCAAGUUCAUUAAACGGAUGCCUAGGAAAAUACAAAUGGAGUUUUAUGUAGUUUUUUCAGUUUGUGUAUUCAUAAAAGUUUGGAAACAAACGUUCAAUUAAAAAAAAAAAUAUCAAUUUUUUUUUAAAAAAAAUCACUUCAGUUAGUAAAAACUUAAAAAAGACACAUUAAGGAUCCGUAUUAUCUCUUUAGAUCUUUUUUUUUACUCUUGCCAAAUUAUGACUACUUAAUAUUAAGUAAUAAAUCUAAUAAAUCUGCAAUUGUUUUCUUUUAGAAAGAGAAGUUUCAGUUAUAAAUUUUGUAAAAUUAUUUAGAAAUAUAAGUAGAAAUAAAAUCUGCCAAUUCUAUAACUUUCAAAUUACUAGAUUUUUUUCUCUCUCUUAUUUUUUAAUGUUUUGAGAUUUACUGAUUUGUUAGGAAAAAGUCUUCAUAAUUUGAUUUUGUUGGGUCCAUAUAAAAGCUAAUUGUACUCUUCCAAGACCUUGAAGUCUAACACAAUAUUUAUAGGGCUUCUUCUCCAAUCGACAUGUACGUAAUUCUUGCUGAAUAUGAUCCGCCAAGAUGAACAACCGCAGGAAAAUAAGAACAGCAAUCCUCCACCGGAGCUUCCGCCGCUCAAUCUACAACCUCAUUCGUUUUCUUCACUCCCAGAUGUAAUCGUUGAGAACAUUCUUGCUCGUAUCUCGAAAUGCAAUUACCCUAACCUCUCUCUCGUCUCCAAGAGAUUCCUAUCUCUCCUCUCUUCUCCUGAACUCUACACGACACGAUCUCGCAUCGGAACAACAGAGCCAUGCAUCUAUAUCUGCAUGGAACGUUUCAAAGACCUUGGUCUUAAAUGGUACACUCUUUGGACGAAACAUGCUCAUGUUGAAACAUUAACCGUUGACGAUGCUCAAGAAGAUAAUCUUCCAUGUAACGAAUAUUCGCUGGUUCCCCUUCCUGAAUCUAAUUCUCUCGUACCAUUUAUGGAUCGCACUAAUGUAGUGGUUGGUUCGGAAAUCUAUUUAUUCGGUGUGACCUCCUCUGAACAGCCUUCUUCAUCUGUUCGUAUUCUUGAUUGUCGGAGUCACAUGUGGCGUGAUGGCCCUAGCAUGUUGGUGGCUCGAAGGUGUCCCUAUGCUGUUUUCCUCGAUGAGAAAAUAUAUGUGUUUGACGGUUGCGGGGAAGAUGAAACUUGGAUGGAAGUAUUGGACAUGAAGACUAAAACUUGGAGCCCCUUGCUUAGACAUAGAGUUGCUGUGCUAGAAGGGGGGUGGUUAAAUACCGUUGGGCUUCAAGGAAAGAUUUACCUAAUUACUAAAAUAAACUACUGUGCUUAUGACCCAAAACAAGGUACGUGGGAAGUCGUGGAAGUCCACGAUAAUUUGGGAUAUCUAGGCAAAUGGUGUGUGAGUGUGGUAGAGGAUGUAAUGUAUAGUUAUUCAUACUACUCCGAUAAUCUAGUCUGGUAUGAUUCCAAAUGUAAAAAAUGGAUAGACGUCAAGCUCUCGAAUUUCGAACUAUUGUAUAAGUGGCGUAUGGUUAAUAUACUCAACCACGGUGGGAAACUUUUAGUUAUGUGGCUCUACAAGUUUGAGGAAUACGACGGGAUAGAGGUAUGGAAAAUUAGGUGCGCGAAAAUAGUCGUAGAGAAGCGCCAUGGAAAUGAGGUUUGGGGUGAGAUAGAAUGGCCUGUUACUGAGGUUAAGCUCCCCGAGUUGUCUGAGCGCUUUAAUUCUCUAGUCAUUUCGAUUUGAUGAUUCGUGAAAGAUGGUGUGUUUGAACUAGUUGACCUUACUAGUCGUUGUGUUCUUAAAUGAGCAUGUUGUUUUUAUGGUCUCUCAUGAAAAUAGUUUGAGAUUUAAAAUAUGAUUUUAUAUAUAUGCAUCAUUAUUGUCACAAUAUUAAGUUGUAAUGCUUUAGAAACAUUUCCUUAUCAACAUUAAGAAUGGAGUAUUUACUCUCGUGUCGUAAGAGCACCUUUAUCGCAGAACCCAAAAUGGGUUUCUUCAUCAAAUAAAGGUGUGGGUCCCACGUUUUUUUGAAAAAACGGUCUCCAAAAGUUCUAGUUACGGAUUGCUCUUUGCUAGUUUGUUACACUAUUUUGUGGGCCCCACGACACGUGACGGUCCGCGAUUGGUUCCGUUUUAACUGUUUUUUUAAAUCAGAUAAAACCAAAAAAAAAAAAAAAUUUAGAAACCCUCACCCGAUAAUCAUGC